UUGCUUGUAUGCUUAGUUACCAGUGCUGCAGUAGCGUAGUCAAGCUGUCAUAUAAGCCUACAUAUAAGCCUCUGGAUGUAGACGUAUCCACUGCAUGAUGUUCUCAUCUUACCGUUUUACUCUGACUGUCCUUCCUGGUUACUUUUUUUCGAGCAGUCUCAGAACAAAUACUUACUUAAAUACAGAAAUUGAGACUGAAACAAGGUUUCUGCAAACCAAGCAUAUCUCAUACACUCUAUCGUUGUAAAAUCUAAUCAAGACACCAGGUUAACGUGCUGAUGUAGCCUCAUAACUCUCAAGACCACACACCAACGAAGGCAUGGCUGAGUGGUGAUGCCCCCCCUCUACGUUCCCUGAAAGCUCUGUGUAUCGAUUUCUGUUGUUUUGAUAUUGCCUUGUCAUCCUGGCUCUGAAGGUGUAUCUAUUUGCUCGUAUGGGCGGUUUGUCUGAGAGUGGACUGUAAGAGUGAGGGACUGUUGAGAGAGAGAGGGAGGGACAAAUGGAUAGUGUGGCUGUCCGAUGUUGAAAACCACCCCCUUAUGUGAGACAAGAGACGACGUGAAGUGACGGCACUCGGCACAGUAUUCCAACAUUUUACAGCAAAUUAGUAUUUUACGAACUUCAACCCAUCUGUCAUCGUGCUUCCAUGACUCAUUCAAUUCAUGGUCGGCUGUUAGAGGACUGCUGCAGCAGAGAGAAAAAAUCAUAACAAGCGCACUUUAUCCUGCGGACACGAGAGUACUGCACCGAGGCGCGCUCACACACCUCACUGGUUCCAAACGCGUAUACUUUGUGUAAAGAAAUCGUUCUGUCAGCGGCUCGGUUUGGGACCACUCUCCUUGGCUAGACGCUGCAGUAUGCCUUGGAACGCCUCAUCGAGUAACUAAGGCCCGGUCCAAAGCCAUCAUAUUAGGCUCGGACUGUCAGCCACCUCUCCAUCUACCACUGCGCAGUGACUGAAUGUCAAAGCAUCCUGAAGAAAGUCACGCGAGGGGCGGCUCCGACUGAGACUGGAAAAUGGCUUCUUCAACCAACACGUCGCCGGAGGGAGAUUCUCCACCACACCAGAACCGCAUCCGCCAGUCGGACAGUAACACCAGCUUCCUGCGAGCGGCACGGGCUGGAAACAUCGACAAGGUGCUGGAGUUCUUGAAGAGCGGCCAGGACAUCAGCACCUGUAACCAGAAUGGUCUAAAUGCACUCCACCUUGCUGCUAAGGAGGGCCAUGGGGAUCUCGUGGAGGAGCUGCUGGAGAGAGGGGCGUCUGUGGAUGCCUCCACAAAGAAAGGGAACACAGCUCUUCACAUUGCCUGCCUGGCUGGACAGAAGGAGGUUGCCAGGCUACUGGUGAAGAGGGGUGCUGACGUCAACUCUCAGUCACAGAAUGGAUUCACCCCUUUGUACAUGGCAGCACAGGAGAAUCAUUUGGAGGUAGUCCGUUAUCUACUAGAAAAUGGAGGCAAUCAGAGCAUAGCCACAGAGGAUGGCUUCACUCCGCUGGCCAUUGCUCUACAGCAGGGCCACAACCAGGUGGUCUCCCUGCUCCUGGAGCAUGACACCAAAGGCAAGGUGCGCCUGCCUGCUCUCCACAUUGCUGCCCGCAAGGAUGACACCAAGUCCGCCGCCCUGCUCCUGCAGAACGACCACAACGCCGACGUCCAGUCAAAGAUGAUGGUCAAUAGGACAACAGAGAAUGGGAAGAGUGGGUUCACCCCGCUGCACAUCGCUGCGCACUAUGGCAAUGUAAAUGUUUCCACACUGCUGCUGAACAGAGGGGCUGGGGUCGACUUCACGGCCAGGAAUGGAAUAACUCCUCUUCACGUGGCCUCCAAGCGAGGGAACACCAACAUGAUCGCCCUUCUGCUAGACCGAGGAGGCCAGAUUGAUGCUAAGACAAGGGAUGGCCUCACCCCACUACACUGUGCAGCCAGGAGUGGGCAUGAUCCUGCAGUGGAGCUACUGCUAGAGAGAGGAGCGCCCAUUCUGGCCAGGACCAAGAACGGUCUGUCCCCGCUGCACAUGUCCGCUCAGGGAGACCACGUGGAAUGUGUCAAGCACCUGCUGCAGCACAAGGCGCCGGUGGACGAUGUCACCCUGGACUAUCUGACCGCCCUCCACGUUGCUGCCCACUGUGGCCACUACAGAGUCACCAAGCUUCUGCUGGACAAGAGGGCCAAUCCCAAUGCCCGGGCGCUGAAUGGCUUCACGCCCCUGCACAUUGCCUGUAAGAAGAACCGGGUGAAGGUGAUGGAGCUGCUGGUCAAAUAUGGAGCCUCCAUCCAGGCCAUCACUGAGUCUGGUCUUACUCCCAUCCACGUUGCUGCCUUCAUGGGUCACCUCAACAUUGUUCUGCUGCUACUCCAAAAUGGCGCCUCGCCUGAUGUCCGCAACAUUCGAGGCGAGUCAGCCCUCCACAUGGCUGCGCGUGCUGGUCAGAUGGAAGUAGUGCGCUGUCUCCUGAGGAAUGGGGCGCUGGUGGACUCCAUGGCCAGAGAGGACCAGACGCCCCUGCAUAUUGCGUCUCGGCUGGGCAAGACGGAGAUAGUUCAGCUGCUGCUCCAGCACAUGGCUCACCCCGACGCAGCCACCACCAAUGGCUAUACCCCUCUACACAUCUCCGCCAGGGAGGGCCAGCUGGAGACCGCCGCAGUGCUGCUGGAGGCUGGAGCCUCACACUCCCUGGCCACCAAGAAAGGAUUCACUCCUUUACAUGUAGCUGCUAAGUAUGGAAGCCUGGAUGUGGCAAAACUCCUGCUGAAGCGUCAUGCACUUCCUGAUGAUGCUGGGAAGAAUGGACUCACUCCACUCCAUGUUGCAGCUCACUAUGACAACCAGGAGGUGGCGCUCCUUCUCCUGGAGAAAUCAGCCUCCCCUCACGCUACAGCCAAGAAUGGCUACACCCCCCUCCACAUUGCAGCAAAAAAGAACCAGACAGCUAUCGCCUCAGCACUGAUGCAGUAUGGUGCUGAGAUCAACGUGCUCACCAAGCAGGGGGUCAGCCCACUGCACCUGGCCUCUCAGGAGGGACACAGCGAGAUGGCCGCCCUGCUGCUGGAGAGAGGCGCUGUGGUCAAUGCCCCGACUAAGAGUGGACUGACGUCCCUGCACCUGGCAGCCCAAGAGGACCGGGUGAACGUGGCAGAGACUCUGGCCAAGAAUAACGCCAACCUCGACCAUCAGACAAAGCUUGGCUACACCCCACUCAUAGUAGCCUGUCACUAUGGAAAUGUCAAAAUGGUGAACUUCCUCUUGCAGCAAGGUGCCAACGUCAAUGCCAAAACAAAGAGUGGCUACACUCCUCUUCAUCAGGCAGCCCAACAGGGGAACACACACGUGAUCAACGUUCUGCUACAGCAUGGAGCCAAGCCCAACGCCACCACUGUGAAUGGAAACACUGCUCUGUCCAUUGCUAAACGCCUUGGCUACAUCUCAGUAGUGGACACAUUGAAAGUAGUCACAGAAGAAAUUAUCACCACCACUACAACUGUUACUGAGAAGCAUAAGAUGAAUGUUCCAGAGACAAUGACUGAAGUCUUGGAUGUUUCCGAUGAGGAGGCCUUGUACCAGAUUGAAGAGGAGCCCUUUGCCGAUGUCUCGGUGGAAUUGAAAGGUGAAGACACCAUGACUGGAGAUGGAGGAGAGUACCUGCGGGCAGAGGACUUGCGAGAACUGGGAGAUGACUCCCUACCUGGGCAGUACCUGGAAGGGAUGACCUAUGGGAUGAUGUACAACCUGGACAGGGGCCAUGGGACCCCCACACACCCAGGGUACCAUAAUAGAGAUGGUGUUUUCAUAGAGGAAAUGCUCACCAGUCAGCAGGUGGCAUCGCUCUCCAGAGAGAAUGAGAAGGACUCGUAUCGCCUGAGCUGGGGUGCUGAGCACCUGGACAACGUGUUGCUGACCAAUACCUUGCUGCACUCUGGCCGGUCAUCUCCGUUCCUUGACCAUGACAACAGCAGCUUCCUGGUCAGUUUCAUGGUAGACGCCAGGGGUGGGACUAUGCGUGGCUGUCGCCAUAACGGCCUGCGCAUCAUGAUUCCCCCCCAGAAGUGCUCGGCCCCCACCCGCGUCACCUGCCGUCUGGUCAAGAGGCACCGGCUGGCUUCCAUGCCACCCAUGGUGGAGGGGGAGGGUCUGGCCGGCAGGAUCAUAGAGGUCGGCCCCACCGGAGCCCAGUUUCUUGGUAAACUCCACCUCCCCACCGCCCCUCCCCCUCUCAAUGAGGGAGAGAGUCUGGUCAGCCGAAUUCUUCAACUGGGCCCACCUGGGACAAAAUUCCUCGGGCCUGUGAUCGUGGAGAUCCCCCAUUUUGCGGCGCUGCGAGGCGAUGAGCGGGAGCUGGUCAUCCUCCGCAGUGAGACCGGGGAGAGCUGGAGGGAGCACCACUGUGAGCACACCGAGGAGGAGCUCAACCAGAUCCUGAAUGGCAUGGACGAGGAGCUGGACUCCCCUGAGGAGCUAGAGAAGAAACGAAUCUGUCGCAUCAUCACACGAGACUUCCCACAGUACUUUGCUGUAGUCUCCCGCAUCAAGCAGGACAGCCACCUGAUUGGCCCAGAGGGAGGCGUCCUCAGUAGCACUUUAGUGCCCCAGGUCCAGGCUGUCUUCCCUGAAGGUGCCCUCACCAAACGGAUUCGUGUUGGACUUCAGGCCCAACCAGUCCAUGCUGAUUUGAUAAGGAGGAUACUGGGUAACAAAGCAACCUUCAGUCCAAUUGUAACCUUGGAGCCAAGGAGGAGGAAGUUCCACAAGCCAAUCACUAUGACAAUCCCAAUUCCCAAGAGCUCAACAAGCGAUGGAACAAACUGUGCGUUUGGGGGAGACACACCUACCCUGAGACUUUUGUGUAGCAUCACAGGGGGUACCACUCCAGCUCAAUGGGAAGAUAUUACAGGGUCAACCCCGCUGACCUUUGUCAAUCAGUGUGUGUCAUUUACCACUAAUGUCUCAGCAAGGUUCUGGUUGAUCGACUGCCGGCAGAUCCAGGAGUCUGUGAACUUCUCUACCCAGGUAUACCGGGAGAUGAUAUGUGUCCCAUACAUGGCCAAGUUUGUUAUCUUCGCCAAAACACUGGACCCCAUAGAGGCCAGGCUGCGAUGCUUCUGCAUGACAGAUGACAAAAUGGACAAGACGCUGGAGCAGCAGGAGAACUUCACAGAGGUGGCCCGCAGCCGAGAUGUCGAGGUUUUAGAAGGUAAACCGAUCUUUGCGGACUGUUUUGGAAACCUGGUGCCUCUUACUAAGAGUGGUCAGCAUCAUGUCUUCAGCUUCUUUGCCUUCAAAGAAAACCGCUUGGCAUUGUUCAUCAAAAUUCGAGAUAGCGCUCAAGAGCCUUGUGGAAGACUGUCUUUCACAAAGGAGCCCCGUACAUAUAGAAGUCUUACACACAAUGCCAUCUGUAAUCUUAACAUCACCCUGCCUGCAUAUUCAAAAGACUCUGAUUCAGAUCAGGAUGCUGAUGAAGAGAGCGAGAAGACACAUGAGAAAUUGGACUGGCAGGAUGAUGCAGACAGGAAGGAGGAAACACUGGCUAUAGUUUCCGACCUCCUUGGGUUUAGUUGGACUGAGUUGGCGAAAGAGCUGGAGUUCAAUGAGGAUGAGAUUCAGCUGGUGCGAUCAGAAAACCCCAACUCCUUGCAGGAGCAAAGUCAGGCACUGCUGCAGCGCUGGGUGGAACGGGAGGCGAAGCAUGCCACUGAGAAUUGCUUGAUCAAGAGGCUCACUGCCAUAAAUCGCAUGGAUAUAGUCCACCUUCUUGAGACACAGAUGAACAAGUCAGUCCAGGAACAGACCUCAAGGACCUAUGCAGAAAUUGAGAAAACACUGGAUCACAGUGAAGCUCUCUCCUCAGUUCAGGAAGAUGUAGACAGUCCUCGUCUGGUAAGAAGGGUGGAAUCCUCCCAGCGGCAGCCUCCUGCAGUCUCAGAGGAAGACCUGUCUGUGGCCUCUCUCUUGGACGUCCCAUCCUGGUCGGAAGCACUAGGGCAUACCCAUUCUGAAAGCAUGCAUGGAGAUCUCUUAGAAGAACUCGACAUUACACAGGACUUUAUCACUAACCCAUGGGCUGCUCGAGAGAUAAGGGCUGGGUCAUCAAAUGAGGGCCUUGACAGACAAGCAGAUGAGUUCCCAGAACUAUCUCCAGAGACCACAUCAGAGGAGCAGUAUGUGGAUGAGCAUGGGAAUAUGGUGGUUAAGAAGGUUACCAGGAAGAUAAUCAAGCGCUGCAUAUCUGAUGGAGUUGAGAGGGAGGAUGUGAUGAAUGAAGGAACAACACAUGGCUCUGUAAGAGUGAGAGAAGGGGACGGCUACUCCAAAGUGAUCAAGAGGACAGUCCUGAGGAGUGAAGGGGACCAGACAGAGGUGACAUUUUGUGAGAUGCCAAGUGCAUCUGCCCGUGGAGCGGAGGAGGAGGAGGAAAGUCGGGAGGUCAGCCAGGUGGUCCAAACAUCGCUCGUGCAGGGGGAGAGGAUGGAGACGCAUCAUGGAGACCCCGCACUCGCCUCCGAUCUCCCUUCCCCUCAAGAUGACUUCAGUGAGGACCCGCAUGCGUAAGGCGCACACACAGAGACGGACCCUGGUGAAGGAUGCUGAGGGUCGGAGGAGGGUCACCAUCGAACGGCUGGAUGGCAGAGCUCCUAGCCCCUGCCUUCACACCUGUCACCCCGGCAACGUCCAGCGGCAUUUUCACCAUCUCAUUCACCAAUACUGUGCAGAGAGCAAGAGGCCGGAAGACCAGGAGGAGUGAAGGGCCUCCGCUCUUUCUUGCCUUGCUCAUUCCCCGAUUUUCCCCCGACCCAAGAUGUGGCCCCGCCCAAACAUGCCAAUACGCUAUGCACCGCGCUCUGCCAUCUCAGAAAACACGUGUCUAACAGUCUUCCUGUUCACACACGGGAUAGGUCUUGGUUGGCUUGAGUUCACAGGCAGAGGGUUUACGUUUUCCUCUUAUUUUUUGUAGCUUGUUUUUUUUUCUUAGUCUUUAUUUUCACUUGGAUAGAUUUUUUUUCUUGAAAUUCUUCCGUGUACACUUUUAAAUGACUGUAAUUUUUUGCUGUUUUGUGACCAAAGAAUUUCCUUUUUGAUUUUCCUUGUUGUUGUUGUAAUUAUUUACCCUGAUUUUAUGUCUUGACAGUGUUGUUGAGCUUUUAGGAAAAGUCUAGAAGGCAUUUUCCUCAACACCCACCUCAGAUGGACACUAACCAAUAGUUCUACUCAUAACAAACCGGCUUUGGUUCAGCAAUGUGUUUACUGCAGUGCUCUAUCAUAAUCAUGGUACUUAGAUAUCAUUAAAUGAAAUCUAACCUUAUCAUUCAUUACAUGACCAAUUGUUCUUCAAGGAUAAAGGUUACAGCUCUCAGAAAAUGAAUACAAAUCUUCUUGACACUUCAUUUGACAUGAUCUUAUGAGAAAAUCAACAGGAUUUGACAGUACUUAUCAUAGUGGGUCAUGUCUGUCUCAGAUAACCCAGAAGUAACAUCAAAUGCUGUGUUUUCCCCCACUUGAACAUCUGGGCCACCGUACACAGACCUUACUCUUUAUGAUAACCUGUAUGUACACUGUAUCUCAAUGAUCAUGUGAAGUAAAGGGUUAAAGUCAUCUGUUAUUAAUACAGAUGCUGCUAUCUGCUGUCGGAGUGUUCUGUGUAUGUGUUACCUGUCUUUGAAAGUAUAUACAAUGUGCAUUUUUAGAGAAAAAAUGACAGUAGUCCACAUUAGCUACAUAUAAGGAUUAUAGCAGGCAUGACUAGUUAGCAUCUGUCACUUACUAUUUGCAAAAUCAAUUUCAAAUUCUGAAUCUACCUGCAUUUCCCCUGUCUUCCCUGUCAGAUACCUGAGCAGCACGAGGUGUUUACUGUUUUUUCCCCCUCUGUCUGUCUGUGCUUUGAAAUGCACUAGCACCUUGUCCUUCCCUAUCUGAUGAAAUCAGUACUUUUGCCUUCGUUCUCUUUGUGUAGCCUUUGUGUAAGAGUGAUUGAACAAGUUAAUGGAAACUCCAAACAACAACUUCAAUCAGGCGCUGCUUACAUUUGAAAAAACAAAACAAAAAAAAGUGUUAUUUUAUGUGAUGUCUCCAUAAUUUAUCCUCUCACUCUCCCCUGUUACCAAGGAGUGCUGAUUGUACCCCCACAGAUGUAGCAGUCUACCCAAGUCAUUUAAAAACUCACAUGUAUUAACUAAUUAUACUUGAGAGAUGUUUUAGACUAAACCAAAAGGCUAGCAAAGGAACGUGAAUCUUGGGUGUCAGGACUAAUGUGAAAGAGGACGAGUAAGUGGCUGAGGGCAGUUCAGAGUGUAACAGAUUGUGUGGGUGUGUACAGGUCUGUGUUGUGACGGUUUGCCUGAUAUGGGUCUUAUUUACAAUAUAGCAGCUUGGUGCAUCAGAAAACAUUGUUGUAGUUUAACCCUUUUAAGCCCUUUUUGGAAAGUGGAGAGCAUUUGUGUAUGGUUUCAUGUCUCUUUGAUGUGACCUGCUCCAAAGCUAAAAGAGUCCAGUAGCAAAGAGGAUUGGCUUUUUCUUUUUUCUCUCUCUGAAAUGUAUUGACCUUAGAAUGCCUGACCAUGUGUAUGUGUGGAAACUGUAUGAGUAGCUGUGAGUACAGAGAGGGGGGGGGGGGGGUGUAGGGCGGCUAGAGCGAGAUUCACUUAUCGGACACAUACUGUAUGAUGAUAAUACUGAUUGAGCUACACACUGAAUGUUUUUGAUCCUUUUUUUUUCACCGGCUUUUGUGUGUGAAAUCAACAACAGGAAAUUACAGAUCUCACUGUGACAGGCUGCCUUUUUUAUUUAUUUAAUUUAUUUGAGCCAACAUCCUGUGUCUGUGUUGACGACUAUAUACAAAUAUACAUAAAUAUAUCUAUCUAUCAGGGCAUGUAUUAGUUUAUUAUCUGACUUUUAAAAAAAAAAAAACAUUUAAACACAAUACAAUGGCUGCAGUGUGUACAUGGCCGACAGAGAAUAAAACUGUACAACUGUU